CCUCAAGGAGACCGGCCUUAGCUCCCUCCUCACCCGCAGAGCCACACACUAUAUCAGGCCUCACCCACAUACGCGCACACACACCCCCCAGGAGCCACGCCGCUCGCACCUUCCUUCCCUCCCCGCCUGAGACUGCAGGACGGAAAGAACCAACGGAAGAAACAGUAAGCGCAAACAACAGUGAGAAAACGACCAACAGGAGCACCACCACUACCACCACCACCACCACUACCACCACCACCACCAAGACUACGCAGGAGCCAUGGAGGCGGGACUGGAAUGGGUGGCACGUGGAUACGGCAAGGGGAACGUGAAAUUGUUGCACGUGCGAAGAGAGGGACCCGUGCACUCCAUCAAGGAAUACGAAGUGGACACGCAGCUGACUUUGGAAACAGACAAGGACUACCUGGUGGGGGACAACUCGGAUGUGGUGGCGACAGACUCCCAGAAGAACACCGUCUACGUCCUCGCCAAGCGCCAUGGGAUAACGUCUCCUGAGGCCUUCGCGCUGCUGCUCACGGAUCACUUCCUGGCACAGUACGCGCAGGUCACCAACGUGGCCAUCAGCGUGCGUGCGUACCCGUGGCAGCGACAGGUAGUGGACGGGCGCGCCCACAACCACUCCUUCAUCUUUUGUCCUGAGGUGGAACACACGUGCAAGGUGAUCAAGAAGAGGGGAGGAGUUGCUGAGGUGUGGACGGGGCUGGAGGGCAUGAGGCUGCUGAAGACAACUCAGUCCUCCUUCGUAAACUUCGUGCAGGAUGAGUUCCGCACACUGCCAGACCAGGAGGACCGCAUCUUCUCCACGGUGGUCUCGGCAUCGUGGCGCUACACCGACAUCGCAAACAUUGACUUCGGCAGGACCUGGAUCACGGUGCUUAAGGUGAUCAAGGACAACUUCUCAGGACCGGCUGACUCUGGCAUCAGCUCUCCCUCAGUGCAGCAUACCCUUUACAAUAUUAUCAAGGACGUUCUCCUCCAGCUUCCUGAGGUAUCCCAGAUGAAGAUGACGAUGCCCAACAAACACUACUUCAACAUCGACAUGAGCAAGUUCGAAAACGUAGUAGGGAACAUACACAACAACGAGGUGUUCCUGCCCGUCGACAAGCCCUCUGGCAUGAUCAGCGGCACCCUCGGGAGGAAGGACCUGACCAGGGCAAAGCUGUAGUGUGGCUGGAUAAGAACUUAGUGCUCCUUACUUCUGUACUUAGCCUCGUUUUUCUCUUUCCAUGUAUACUGUUGUUGUGAAUCUUAACUUUCUUGUUCCGGUUAUACUUAUUUGUGGUUUCUCCUUCCUAUUCUUGUAGCAUCCUUGAUUUUUUUCUUACUAUUAUACCCUCAUUUUUGUUUCUUUUACUUAUAUUAUUAUUUUUUUUUUUCAUUCCUGUUACUUCAGUAGUCUUACGUUUCUCCUUCCCCUUACUAUAGUAAUAUCAAUUUUUUCUUUCCACUCAAACUACAGUACUUAUUUUUACUUUUGAUUAAUCUUACUGCAGUAAUUGACUUCCCCUUUAUCCUUCUACUUAUUAUUCGCUUACUUUUCUUAAUUUUCUUAUUAAUAAUUUUGUCACUCUUCUCUUUGUUUAAGGACACAACAAGUGACAGUGGAAAGAUUGCACUGAUUCUUCCAUCCCCUCGUCCAUCCAUCUAUUAUUCGCGUUAUUUUUUUUUAUUUUCUUUUUUCUGCUUAUUAUCAGUUGAUUGUGUAUUCACCCAUGCUUCCUUAAACCUCAGGAGAAUAUGGGUACGUAUGCAAAUCUAUGGUAUUUUCAAGAUUCGUCUCAUGUGUAGGUCUACGGAGGCAGUUUGUUAUGUUUCAUUAAGUCUGCGGAUUUUUUUCAGCAUAUUACAUAUUAGCGUAUGACAUUGAUAGAGAUGUUCGCUCUCUGAGUGUGCUCCAGCUGGCAUUAGUUGUGGGAAGGAUAUGGGGAUCCUUUCCUCUUUUUUUCUUAUUGCUACUUGUCACCCUCCUUCUGUUUGUUUUGUCUUUUACGUCCUCGUCUUACUCCUCCACUCCCCCUCCUACUACGUGCUCACUUGCUGAUUUUUGUCGUCCUCCUCAGAUUUUCCUCUUAUAUAUAUAUAUAUAUAUAUAUAUAUAUAUAUAUAUAUAUAUAUAUAUAUAUAUAUAUAUAUAUAUAUAUAUAUAUAUAUAAUUUUUUUCAUAAUUCUUUCUUGAGACUGCCUUGGAGUAAGAAAUUUCUAUCUGUUACUUAUAAGCUCAAGUUCAAAGGAGACAGAAAUGAGCACCAGAGCAAUACUUGGCCCAACUGAUGUUUAUGACUAUUUUAUCACCAUGAAUCUGAAUAAACAUUGAAAGAUAUUGUAUCAUCAAAGUGUAGCAAAUUUGUGCUUGGCUUAUGUUCAUUCUCAUAUCUUAGGCUCCAGUUUUGGAUGCUUCCUUUUUCACUUUUCUUUACGGACUGGCACCUCAAUGUGACUUUUCUUCGUUCUUUUAGUUGCUCUGGAGCACCGCCACUCUAAUUAAAAAAAAAAAAAAAUGAAAACAGCAUUUAUUUGAUGCAUUUUUGUCUUCCAACAGAGGGAUCACUAAAGGUCUAUUGUGUGCAAUUAUGAAUCCAAGGUACAUAUCGCAUACUUCAGGCAAUCAUCCCAGAGCAGGUUUUGGGAGCACUAAUUUCAUGCUUUAAACACUUACAUUGUUGUUGAAUAAAAGAUACAUUUAUAAAAAUA